ACCAAGACAGGAAAUCAUACGUAAGAACACACAGGAUAUCCAAAAUGACGUAGAUACACACACAGAGAAACACACGCGCACACUGACACGUCCUCAGCUAUGGGUAAGAGUGGCCUGCUGUCUGUCCUGCUCCUUGUCCUGGUGGUGUUAGGCUACGGCCCUCGCCCAAGCCUAGCCGACUGCACCUUCACCAACCGCACAAAUGUAUACGAAGGAGAGAAGGUGAUCAGUGAAGAGCGUCCAGAGAGCGGGAACACGGUUUAUGUGAAUUCCUUCUCCGUGCGACUAUCAAGUGGUUUCGAAAGUGUCAAGUUAACAGCGACAGCAGAAGCAGAGAUAGAUGGAAGCGAGCAGACUGUCCUGUUCACUCAUCUCAUUAAACCAGUCGAUAAGUGCUUCGUGGCGGGCCAGUGGAUGAAAGUGUCUAUGUGGGCGGACUUGGGGAAAGAUCGUCCACUUGGUUUUCGCGUUGGCAAGUGCUGGAAGGAAUGCAUAGCCGACUUCGGCACCACAAAGGUAGAGAAUCUUGCCUUACGAUGGUUUAAUAUCAGUGCGCGUGGCCGAUCCGAGUGGACUAAGGAAGCGCCAAGUAAAGGGUGCGCCGAACAACUGGGCCACAACCGUCCCUCAAACUUCCCCAGUUGUAGUACCCAAAUUCUAAAGGGCCACCCAUCCUCACUGCACACCCGCACAUCCACACAGCUGUCCUCUCCGCCCACAAUGAUGGUGGUGAUCGUGGUGGUGGUGGGUGUGGUAGUGGUGACGGGUGCCAUGCUGGUGCUGAUGGAGGUGUGCUGGAGGAAGAAGAGGAGGAAUACCACUCUUACGGACGCGUCGUUGGCGAGGGAGAACAGCACCUACGAGACAUUCAACGACCAUCACGCGGCAGCGGGCGACACGGGAAGAGUUAUAAUAAAAAACGAAAGCUAUGAUCCCUUCAACGACGGACAGGACACGGCUGGUGGACCGACAGAAGUUACAGAAAACAAAUUCUUCAAGCCUUUUAGCUACACCGGAGGGCCAGUUGGCGUGAGAACAAAGAAAACUGCUAUGAAAACGAAGUCGAGGGAGUGAUGGAAGGAGACACAUAAGACGACAUUUAUGAAUUUCCUCAGUAACUAGGUUAUGGCAACAUUUACAGAGACUUACAUAGAUAUUCAGAUCACACGGAGCCCAUGACGGUGUGUGCUGCCAAAAGCCGCGCGAAAUUCAAAUUCAUGCUGAGAUUUUUCCGCUCUAGGCACGGUCAGAAUUUCGAAGAAGUAACAGGUUUGCCCAAGUCCUUUCCAAGCACGAGUGUAGUCAGGAAUUCAUGAUGUAUUUAAGGGAGAUACGUGAAUUUUCGCAUUGAAAUUUGAUAUGGAAGGCUAUAAUUAAUUCUUGCGAUUCAAUGAAUUGCAAACCAGUUGUCGUAGGCCUACAUCAAAGUAAAGAUUAUCAAAUUUACAAUGGGAAAAUUUACCAAGGCACUCUCGGAACUUAUGAGAGGGCGGGAGGUCUUGUAACUCACGCCACUCACUGGCCCAAUACUUCAGCAUUAUUAAAUAGCAUUAUUGAAUACAAGCAGCGGCACACGCUGCCAACCGGAGAACUGUCAAAGAGGUGACCUACCCUACUUUUCCGUGUGAACUUUUUUUUUCCCGAUUCCGGAAUACAAGUUAUUGUUCGAAGCAAAAUGUCCAACCACACUUCCAUGGUGGUCGGUAAAUCAAUCAAUCAAUGGGGGGCGCGUUGCCUCGCCCACCCGGCUACGCCAUGUCGGGGGUGGGGUGGAGGGGGUCUAGGCAAGACAGGGAGAGCAUAAAAGGAAUAAAGUAAAAGGCAGAUAAUUAAGAUUAAUAAGGUUUGGCAAGUCGAGAAGAUGAAGCAACUAAUGAAUCGCUGUGAUAAUUAUGGUACGGUAUUUAUAGUGAAUUUCAAUCAGCUUCACAGGAGCAUGAUGCAUAACCAUGAUUCCUAUAGAUAGCCUAGCUACUAAUUGCGUAAUGCACAGUAACAA